UGAUAUUUCGAAAAAAAGCAUAGUAUUAGUAGUUACCUAUGUUAAAAAACACAAGAGAGAGAAAUGUUACGUGCAUUGUGGUGUUGAAAGCACAAACCCCAAUCAAACUUUUGACAUCACGUUUCUGGAAUUGUGUGUCACUUCCAAAUCAUCCUCAAUCCUCCGCCUAUCGAUCUCACCGCCCGCCGCCGGAUCUUCUUAAACCUCUCAAAUCCCCUCUCUGCCUAAUUGCCCAUCACACUUCCCAAUUGAUUCCAUAACCAGUCGCUCGCUUACUGGCAGAUCGAUCUAAUUCUUCAGUAUUGCGAAACCGAUUUGAGUAAUGGCUGGGCAGAACCAAACAGCGAAUAUGGAUCAAUUCGAGGCUUAUUUUCGUAGAGCAGAUGUGGAUCAGGAUGGUCGGAUCAGUGGUGCUGAGGCUGUUGCCUUUUUUCAAGGCUCCAAUUUGCCUAAACCUGUCCUUGCUCAGAUAUGGACAUAUGUUGAUCAAAGUCGUACCGGUUUCCUUAGCCGCCAGGAAUUUUUCAACUAUCUUAAGCUUGUUACAGUUGCACAGAAACGAGAGUUGACCCCAGAAAUAGUAAAAGCCGCACUAUUUACACCAGCUUCAGCUAAAAUUCCUGCUCCCCAGAUAAAUCUUGCAGCAGUAUCAGGUCCUCGCCCUGCGAAUAAACUUGGUUCUGCAGCUCCUCCAGUUACUGGUGCUGCAGUGCCUCCAGUUAGUCGUGCUGCUCCAACAGCAGCACCAAGUUUUGGCAUUGGGGGUCAACAGGGGUUACCAGUUCAGCAAAGCCAGUAUGUGCGGCCUCCUCGACCACCCAUUCCGAGCACCAGUUUCCCGUCUCAACCAGGUGUUUCUGGUCAAGGGAUGCCAGGUGGUACAAUGGCAGCUUUUAGUCCUGCUAAUUCCUCUGGUGGGCUUGCUGGUAAUGGUGGCUCCCAAGCAGCUGUUACUUCCCAAGCUCCUAAUAUCGGUAUCAGUUCUAGAAGUCAGGAUGGAUUUGAUCAGGUUUCUCCACAGCAGAACCAACAAAAGACCACUUAUUCAGCACCACCAGGUUCAUCUAAUUUAAAUGAUGCAACUUUGCAUGGUAACCAGACAGAUGCUAAGGAUCCUAAAGCCGCUCCAAUCUCAGGAAAUGGUUUUCCAUCUGACUCGCUUUUUGGAGAUGCUUUUUCAGUUGCAUCAGUUCAACCCAAACAAACCUCUGCACCUAGUAUAUCUUCUGCCGGCAGCUUACCAGUCUCACCAGCCACGGUCCCUGCAUCUGCAGGGCUCCAACAUCCAGUAAGGGCCAGCUCAGUUGAUUUACAAGUUGCACCUCCACAGCAACGAGUAAACCAGCAUCAGCAAGCUCAGUUGACCGGGAGAACAAACCAACCGGUCUUAGUGCCAGGUGCUGCUGCAAAUCCUAAUGCAGCUGGAAAUUCUCGUUCUAGUCAGUCUCAGCUUCCUUGGCGAAGAAUGAGUCGGUCUGAUUAUCAGAAGUACAGCAAAGUAUUCAUGGCUGUGGACACAGACAGGGAUGGAAAAAUUACUGGCCAGGAGGCAAGGAACCUGUUUCUAAGUUGGAAGCUGCCUCGAGAGGUGCUGAAACAGGUAUGGGAUUUAUCUGAUCAAGACAAUGACAGCAUGCUGUCUUUAAGGGAAUUCUGCAUUGCUCUCUACCUGAUGGAGCGGCACAGGGAAGGUCACCCGCUUCCUUCAGUCCUUCCGACCAAUCUUAUUUUUGACGAGUCAUUAUUGCCUGCUUCUGGUCAGCCUAUCCCAUCACAAGGUGCUGUUGCUUGGAGACACACCCCAGCCUCCCAGCAAACACAGGUGCCAAGGGGUCCAGGACAAAUGGCUCCUGGUGCUCCGGGGAAGCCUCCACGUCCAGUUCCCAUGCCCCAGCCCAAUGAAGCUGUGCAGCCUGGUCAACAGAAGCCUAAAGUUCCUGCACUGGAAAAGCAUCUUGUUGACCAACUUAGUCAAGAGGAACAGGAUGCAUUGAAUUCAAAGUUCCAGGAAGCAACUGAUGCAGAAAAGAAGGUCAUGGAAUUGGAGAAGGAAAUUUUGGAAGCAAAAGAAAAAAUUCAGUUCUACCAUGCAAAGAUGCAAGAAAUAAUUUUAUACAAAAGCCGUUGUGACAAUAGACUAAAUGAGAUCACUCAAAGAACUUCUGCUGACAAAAGAGAGGUUGAGAUAUUGGCUAAAAAAUAUGAAGAGAAGUACAAGCAGACAGGAGAUGUUGCUUCUAAAUUGACAAUUGAGGAGGCCACUUUUCGGGAUAUUCAGGAGAAAAAAAUGGAGCUAUACAAGGAAAUUGUUAAAAUGGAUCAAGAUGGCAAGACUGAUGGUAUCCAGGACCGUGCUAGUCACAUUCAGGUGAACCUUGAGGAGCUAGUAAAAUCACUGAAUGAACGGUGCAAAACUUAUGGGUUACGAGCUAAACCAACUACACUGCUUGAGCUUCCAUUUGGUUGGCAACCAGGCAUCCAAGAGGUUGCAGCAGACUGGGAUGAAGAGUGGGAUAAGUUUGAAGAUGAAGGAUUCACUUUUGUGAAAGAGCUCACACUUGAUGUAAAAAACGUCAUUGCCCCACCUAAACCAAAGUUUUCAUUGGUUCGCGAGAAAGCAUCUUCUUUAGCUGAACAUGAUUCUGGAAAAUCAUCUGCUGAUGCUGACACUGAUGCAAAGAUAGAUAAGCUGCCCAAACAUGUACAAGCUAGAGGUGUUAGUGACGUGGAAUCUGCACAUGGACGUGAGCAAACAGCAAGAAGUCCAACUGAUAGUCCAUCAAGGAGUAAUGCAGUUGAAAGCCCGACAAAAGAAUCGCAAGAGUCUAUGUAUGGGAAGGAUGUCAACUUUGAUGGUUCACCUCAUGGUGCCCAAAGGAAGAACACUAGUUUUGAUGGUUCACCUCAUGCUGCCCAAAGUGAACACUGGGGUACUGAAUCUGUGUUCUCGAGGGACAAAGGUUUUGGUGAAUCCGGCUGGGGUACAUUUGAUACCAACUUCGACUCUGAUGCCGCAUGGGAUGUCAAUUCUGUUGCAAAGGAUUCAGAUCAUGACAAUCUCAAGGAAUCUUCUCUUUUUGAAGCUGAUGAUUGGGGAUUAACUCCUAUUAAGACGGGGUCCAAACAGUCCAUCAACACUCUACCGAAGCAAAUGCCAUCUUUUGAUUCUGUUCCUAGCACCCCAAGUUACAAUGCAGGGUUAGACAGCACGUUCCCAAAGCAAAGCCCUUUCUUUGAUUCUGUUCCUAGUACCCCAAGUUACAAUGCUGGGUUAGACAACACGCUCCCAAAGCAAAGCCCUUUCUUUGAUUCUGUUCCUAGCACCCCAAGUUACAAUACUGGAUUCAGUUAUUCAGACAAUACCUUACCCAAGCAAAGCCCUUUCUUUGAUUCUGUUCCAAGCACCCCAAGUUACAACGCUGGAUUCACUCAGACUGAUACCUUGUUCUCGAGGCAAAGUCCCUUCUUUGAUUCUGUGCCUAGCACACCAGCUCAUAAUUCAGGAGGUUCCCCAAAUGCAGAUAAUAUGUUCCAGAAUAAGAGUCCAUUUGCCUUCGGGGACUCAGUUCCAAGCACACCUAUGUACAGUUCAACAAACUCGCCUCGAAGACUUAGUGAAGGGUUUGCAGAAAACUCGAACAGCUUCUCCAGAUUUGAUUCCUUUAACACGAAUGAUAGUGGCCCCUUUGGAUCUCGUGACUCUUUUUCAAGAUUUGAUUCCUUUAACAUGAAUGAUAGUGGCCCCUUUGGCACUCGUGACUCUCUUUCAAGAUUUGAUUCCAUGCGCAGCACUAGAGACUCUGACUAUGAUCAUGCUUCAUUCCAGCAGCGGGACUCAUUUGCUAGGUUCGAUUCAUUUCGCAGCACUGCAGACUCCGACUAUAAUUUUGGGCUCUUUCCUCCUCGUGAAUCUCUAAGUAGGUUUGAUUCCAUGCGUAGCACCAGGGACACAGAUCAAGGUCAUGGUUUCACAUCUUUUGAUGAUGCAGAUCCAUUUGGGUCAAGUGGGCCAUUUAAGACGUCAGCAGAGAGUCAGACACCAAGGAGAGAUUCUGAUAGUUGGAAAGCGUUUUGAUGGGAUGAUGGAGUAUUAGUACGAAGUCCUUUUUUAAUUCUAUUUCAUUUUUAUCGUUUGGCCAGUUUGUUGUUUGUAGGUAUGUAAUGCUGUGACUAGUUAAAGAUGUGUGCGGCAUGCUUUAGCGUCACGAUAAGCUGUGUUGCAUUAUUUUAUUAGCUUGAUUUUUUAUUUUUUUUCUUGUGAAUUUUGACCUCAACUACCACAUUAUUUUUUCGGACUUCAAAGUGGACAGAACUUUUGCUGGUUCACCAAUAUUGAAUGUAUAAAGUGUAUCAUGAGCAUUUUUUAUCAGUUAAUAUUUGAGAGAUUUUGGUUUA